AAACAAAAAAAAAAAACAAAAAAAAAAAACAAAAAAAAAACAAAAAGAAAAAACCCGCUAUAGGAUUCUGCUUGUUGGAAUUAAAUUCUUAUCAUUGCAAUGCUUGCUUGGCUAAGCAUAUUUCUGUUUCCGUGUACAUAUAUAAAUAAGAAGGCAUCUUUCGGCGAACAUUUAGUCACUUUGUUAAAGUGUGCUUUUCGAGAUUUUUAUAUUUAACGCAAUGGCAUCGCAUAAACAAUAUUGAAAGAGUUUUUAACAAAAAAAAAAAAAGUAAUUCUCAAGUUGAACGUAAAAAACGACCGUUAAAAGUCAAAAUAAAAGUCGCAGAGAGACAGACGAAGGAUAUGUUUUAUCGGCAAGAAUAUCCAGCUCUAAGAGAUAGCACAAAUCUACGGAAAAGAAUCAGUGACAAAUUGAAAGAAUUCAUAACAAUUUUUGGGGGUUAUGAAGCAUAUCAUUUUUCGACAUUUACAAAUUUUGGAAAGUGGUUACAUAGACCAGUGGAUGCUUCCGCCUUGGGAAUUUUUCGGAUCCUAUAUGGCUUAAUUAUGUUAAUUGAUUUAGCGGAGGAGAGAGGCGGCGGUCAAAUGGAUGUACGUUUUGGAGAACCAUUAAAAUGUCAUUUUCCUUUAUUUGGAGGGCUAAAGGCGUUUUCGUUUCCAACGAUGGGCUGCAUUUAUAUGAUCAUGUGGUUUGGAGCAGUUGGCAUUGCAUUGGGUUAUCGUUUUCGGCUAAGUUGUUCAGCCUACAUUUUACCCUAUUGGUAUAUAUUUUUACUAGAUAAGCCGUCAUGGAAUAAUCAUAGUUAUUUGUUUGGCUUGAUAGGCGCCAUGUUACUAUUUACCCAAGCUAACCGCUAUUGGGCCUUGGACAAAUAUUUGAAUCCCAAUCUUCCAAGUACGGUACCAUAUUGGAAUUAUUUUUUAAUUAAAUUUCAAUUUUUCAUAUUAUAUAUGUACGCGGGACUAAAGAAAUUUUCUCCAGAAUGGUUGGCCGGUUAUGCUAUGUCUUCAUUAAGCCACCAUUGGGUUUUAAGCCCAUUUUGCUGGUUUUUGUCUUACGAAAUGGUUGAUUUAUUAAUCGUCCAUUGGUUUGCAGCCAUCUUCGAUUUUUCCAUAGCAUUUUUUAUGACUUGCGAAUUGACUCGCGUGUGGGCCACGCCAUUCAUGUUACUAUUUCAUUUAAUGAAUUCGAGGCUCUUCGUUAUAGGUAUGUUCCCAUGGGUUUGCCUGGCUCAAGUGCCCAUGUUUUAUGGAUGCGAUUGGCCCCGCAAAAUAACGCGUCUAAAUUGUAAACAUUUAUCGUUUUGCAUACGAAGGCCGGAAGUUGAAGGCAAACAUAGAAAUGCUGAAUGCAAAACAGAUUCGACGAAGUCCGAUAUGGAUAAAAAUGUUCCUGAUAAUUCGAGCACGCGUUGUUUAAAGCUAGAGAAAUACCAAACCGCAAAUAUGAAUCUAUUUCAAAAAUGUCGCACUUUGUUAGUCUUAUUUUAUUGCUGCCUGCAGCUAUUCCUGCCUUAUUCUCAUUUCAUAACCCAAGGUUAUAAUAACUGGACAAACGGCCUGUACGGCUAUUCAUGGGAUAUGAUGGUUCAUUCCUAUGAAACGCUAGAGGUGCAAGUCAAAAUUGUCGACAAUUUAAAUCAACAAGAACAUUAUAUGGAUCCUUAUGCAUUUACCGAAUACGACAGAUGGACAAAGUACGCUGAUAUGGCCAAACAAUACGCUGAGUGUAUACAAAAAAAUUUACACCGACUUUAUUUAAAAAAAUCCAACGCAAUACCGCUCAAAUCCUUAAAUAUUUCAAUUUAUUUUGAUGUUUGGUGUUCGAUGAAUGGUCGUUUAAUGCAGCGGGUAUUUGAUCCUCGUGUUGAUUUAAUGACGGCAGAAUGGUCCCCAUUUAAGCGAACUGCUUGGUCUCUUCCAUUGCUAGAUGAGUUUAAACAUAUUCGCCCCAAGUUACUGACCAUAAGCAACGAGGUUUAUAACUGGAAUAAUGCUACUGAUGUUCUUUUUGUAGCCGAUUAUCCAAGUUUAACUUUGAAGAAUAUAUUGCCGCCCGAUAUUAUUAACACUACGCUGACAAUUCUUGAGGGCAACGUACGUUAUGCUGAAAUGCAAUUUAACGAGAGUUAUUUUCUAACUGCUGGCAAAUCCGUAACCAUAUCCGGCGGUGUAGAGUACCGCGUUACUACAGUUGGUUUAACUCCCGCGAUUUAUAUGAUAACCUAUACAAAUAAAACGAUAUUAGAGGAUAUCCUAACCGUGGGAGAUAAAGACAAUAUAUCGAAGAAAUCUUGGUUGCCACUGUUGCAAGAAUUUAAGGCCAGAUUAGAAAAUUAUAAACGCUUCCUGCAACAUAUGGGCAAUUGUGUGCUGUACCUGAUGUAUGGCGUACCCAUACCUUUGCAACUGAGAGAAAAGCAUAUUAACCUGACAUAAAACUUCCUCGCAUCGCUCAUGUAUAAAUUUAUUAAU